AUGGAUUUGGACAGUCAGACAGCUCCAUUAGAAUUCUGUUUUUGUUACAGUGAUUACAAUGAAGCAGUCCCACCAACUAAAAUUGAUGUAGAUGUAGACAUUAGCUCUGAACAGGAUGGAACCUGUAAGUUUAAAAGAGGUCCAUACAGAUACUACUCUGAAGCAGAGAAGCAAAGAGUCUGGCAACUAGUUAUCGAACAAGGGUCUUCUGCAUACAAAGCUGCGCAAGCACUCAAUAUCAGUUUACAAACAGCUUAUAUUUGGAAAAGAAACUGGAAUCGCCUUAUUGCUAAUGAAGCUAAUGGUAUUUUUGAAAAGCCAAAGAAGCGUGGCCGCAAACAUAUUCUCACAGAAGAUCACAAACUCUUUUUGAAAGAGUUGGUUCUUUCUGACCCAACUGUUACUGUAAACUUCUUUUUGGAUAAACUAAGAAGUACAUUUGGAGGUGUGAAGGCAAGUGAGUCUACUAUUUAUAACUUUCUCACCAAGGUUUGCAAGUUUAGUCUCAAGAGACUUUCUAAAUGGGCCAUGAGACGGGAUCUGCCAGAAUUAAAACAACAGAGAUUCGAGUGGGCACUUGAGAAUAAAGAUAAAACUGACCUUGAAAAGAACUGUGUUUUCAUUGAUGAGGCUGGUUUCAACAUUAGUAUGAGACGGGAAUAUGGGUGGUCAAAAGUAGGUGAAAAGGCUGUCCUUAAGGUUCCUGUCACUAGAGGUCUCAAUGUGUCAUUCUUAGGUGCCAUCUCUCCAAAAGGGUGUAUUGACUUGAAGGUGCGACUCCCAGUCGAGAAUACUCCCAACAAGAAGAAUUACAACACUACGAUUUCGGAAAAAAAGACAAGGGUUGG